AUGAGGAUCACCAUUCUAACACUAACAUGUGAAUUUAACAUUGAAGUGAGUCCCCAAGAAACCAUUCUUCAAAUCAAACAGAAAGUAGAGCAGCUCUUGGGAGUCCCAGUGGCCUCACAAGCUCUCACUGUCUCUGGGUGGGAAUUGGUUGAUGGACUUGAUUUGGAAGACUAUCCAAUUGUCACCGAAGGUACAAAAAUUGAUCUCACUAUACAACACACUCAACCUUCUUUGGAACAUAGUAGCAAAAUCCAAAUUGUUGUUAAAUUUUCAUCGAGAAAGAUUAAUAUUGAGGUUGACACGACAGAGACAGUUCGGAGUUUGAAAGAAAAAAUCCAUAUAAUCGAUGGGACCCCUGUCAAAAGAAUGACUCUGUUCUUUUCCGGGAUAGAGAUGGAGGAAGAUUUUCGCAAUUUGAGUGAGUAUGGAAUUUGUGAAUUUUCUGAAAUCAUCGUGUUUCUUAAAACCAUGAGUCGGUUAGUAGCAGACCCUCCUUCGAGAAAGUUGAGCCUGGUGGUCCAAACUUCGUCUAGUUUGCUUAAUGCAGCUAGCAUUCCUCUGGAAAUGAAGGAUUCGAGUACUAUUAAUGAUUUGAGGGAAUUACUGCUGAUGAGGAAGAUACUUCCGAUGGAUGAUUAUAUAUUUAUUCACAAACAAAGGAUUAUGAGGGACAACUGUAGCCUCCGUUGGCAUGGUGUUGAGGAUGGCGAUUGCCUCUACGUAUUUAAAGGGACUGUGAGUCGAGGUGGAUAUUGA